AUGGAAGCCAAGCUCCUGGCUGUGAACCAGGCAAGUACCGAGACUACUCCACUACCGUCAGUGCAUUCAUGGACGUGCGAGGAUCUGCUUCGUAGUUGUGAACCCGGGGCAUUCUGCGUUGACGGCAAGAAGUUUCUGUGUCCUGCUGGACGGUAUGGCGACAAGUUAGCAGAGACUUCUCCACUCUGUGCAGGUUUGUGUACUCGAGGGUAUUUCUGUCCCGAGGGAAGCACUUCUCCGACGCAGAUUGAGUGUGGCGGCGAUGGGUUCAUCUGUCGAACGGGGUCUUCUAAACCGCUGGCUAUUCCUCAAGGCUAUUACGCCAUUGGUGUCACCAACACUACACGAUUCUUCCAGAGACCUUGUGAACGAGGGUAUUUCUGCGUUAACGGCGUCAAGUAUCAGUGUCCUUCAGGUACAUUCGGUGCCACGAGUGGUCUCACUACUGCAGCGUGCUCUGGUACAUGUGCGCCAGGGUAUUACUGCCCUUCGUAUCCAGAGCCGCCGAGUGUUAUCAAGACACAGCACGAGUGUGGCAGCAGUGUAACGUACUGUCCUGAAGGUACUGGGAACGAACCGUUGUUCGUGAGAAGCGGAUACUUCAGUGUCUUAACGAGUGGAAUGAUGGACGACGGUCGCAAUGCGACGCAGAACGACGUCAGAAUCUGCUCAAAGGGUUUUUACUGUCGUCAAGGAAUCCGCAUUCGCUGUCCAGAAGGCUCUUACGGAGACGUAGAAGGACUGACUGCUGCGUCGUGCAGUGGCUGGUGUCCUGCGGGCUACUUUUGUCCUUAG